AUGGUAUUCUCAGCUAUCAUGCGAUAUGAGGUGUGCGAUAAAUUUCGAAACGAUGUACAAUAUGUUAAUGAAGAACAGAAAAGUUUGCUAGUUGAAUUUAUGCGUAAACAUCCGGAAUUACAUAGUGGAAAGUUUUCUGCAACGUUUACUUUCAAACAUGUUUACCAGAAAUAUUUUGAUCAAGAUCAUGCAAAAGCAACUGGUGGAGGGCCUGCGUCAAGUCAGGUUUUAACCAAAAUGGAUCAAAAUGUCCUGCCAAUUAUGGGUACAACAGUCGUGGGACAUAAGAUAGUGCAAGAAUCCAACGUGCAAAUUGAGUGGAUAGAUGAUUCAAUUGUAUGUGAAAUCAAUGAUGAUGAAAAUAGGAACAAUUUUCCCAUAAAAUACAAAAGUCAAGAGAUAACGCAGCAAUCUGAAAUCUUAAAAAAAACGGAAACAACUGCACUAGAAACACCAAUUAGUGUAGUCAACAACAUAUCAGAUUUUUCUGUAACACCAGCUUCAAAAUCGAGUGGCAUACAAAGAGGUGUUAAAAGAAUUGCUGCUGCACAAAGAUAUGAUAAAUCAAUUGAACAAACUGAAAAGUUAGUGAAAAUUUCGCAGGAAGAUAGCGAGAUACGAAAAUCGUAUUACGCACAAAAAUUAAAACUUUAUAAGAAGAACAUAGCUCUGAAAGAAAAAGAUAUCAAUAUCAAAGAAAAUACAUGCACAUUGCUGGAGCAAUUAGUAAAAAAAAGCAAUGAAAGAGUUACAGAUAUAAGAUAUAGGCUGUGAAAAUGACAUUAGUGUAUUCACAAAGAAGUAAAUGUUCCUAUAAGCUGUUGAUGUGUACAAAUUGUUACAUAAGUUAAAAAACUAAGAUAAGAGAUUUAUUUUAUGUUCAUUUUAUAUGUUUGUUAUUAUAAAGAAUAUUGCCAAAAGAAAUAAAGCAAAUGUUUACAAAAA